ACGAAUAAUUUAAUCUUGUCGUCUAGAAGAACACGACCAAUCGGAACGCCUGUCCGAAAGAAACGAGGUCUCGAUUGGCUGCAUCCAGAACGAUACCGCUCCCUAUCGCUCACUACCGCUUAUCAAACCGCUUUCCGAGCGCUUGCAGCAGCUCACCACCGCUCAGCCUACCAAUUUUUCGCUCCCAAACACCACGACCGCUCUCCACGCUAUUAGCUGUUCACGCCGUACGUGGCCGUACGUACUAACUGAUCGUAACCAAAACAAUAACCUAUACUUGACCAAAGUUUCGAGGUUAUCCGAUAUGGCACUACGUGUAAAGUUGCAACCGAAAUUACUUAAUGUAAACAGAGUACCUGGUAAACCGAAAAAAAGAAAGAAGGUUACACUCGUAUUCGAUGAGAAGAAAAGACGAGACUUUUUGACAGGAUUUCACAAACGAAAAGUACAGCGACAAAAGAAAGCUCAAGAGGAGCUGAAGCAACAAUUAAAAGAAGAACGAAAAAGAAUCAAACAAAAUGCACGGGAACGUUACAAGAAAUUAUUGUCGAGUCGUGACAUUCCUGAAAUUCAACAAUUAUUGUCCGAACAAGAAUUUGAAACAGAGGGACACACUGUUAGUGUUUUAGAAUUAAAUGUUGCCGAUUUUGCUGAUAAAAAUGUAUUAAUUGGUGAAAAUAAAGGUAUCGGUAAAGUAGAAAAUAAAGGUAUCGGUAAAGUAGAAAAUAAAGAAGAAGAAGAAGAAAGCGAUAAGAAUUCCGAAGAUGAACAAAUUGUGGGCAUGACGUUAAAGAAAAGGAAAACAAUUGAAAUUUCGGAAGAAACUAAAAAAAGUAAACAGAUCGAUAACGAAAAAGAUUUUAAACGAACGAUUAAAAAAGCUGCGUUACAACAAGUGAAGAAAAGUAAAGCAUUCCAACAAAAACAAAAGUUGGAACGUCAAAAGAAUAAAAAGGAAAGUAUGAGAAAGCUUAAAAGAGUUCAGAAGGCUCGGAAACGUAGCGGAAAGUUUAGAAAAAAGUAA